UCCAGAAGUGAUUGGAGGAGCAGAAAACCCUUCCCCCCUGCACCUGACUUGCGGGUAUUUACGGCACUUUUCAAGGCGCCUCUGCAGUGCCACUACACAGCGGAGUGCAUGGGGCAGACAAUGCGAUAGGGACCGAUGCGCUCGCAGUGAUAGUGUGCGUGUGUGCUGCACCGCUGCGCCGAUCCGAAAGGAGACUCUGCAAGAAGGAGAAAGCCUGCGUUCAAAAUGCCACGCUCCUUCCUGGUCAAGAAACAUUUCAAUUCAUCCAAGAAGCCAAACUACAGCGAACUGGACACUCAUACAGUGAUUAUAUCCCCAUACCUGUAUGAAAGCUACCCGGUCCCUAUCAUACCGCAGCCAGAGAUCCUGAGCUCUGUAGCUUACAACCCCAUUACUGUGUGGACUACAACCGGGCUGCUACCGUCUCCUCUACCCAAUGACCUCUCUCCACUUUCUGGAUACCCCUCAUCUUUGGGAAGAGUCAGCCCACCUCCACCAUCCGACACCUCCUCCAAAGAUCACAGCGGUUCAGAAAGUCCCAUUAGUGAUGAAGAAGAGAGAAUCCAGUCCAAGCUUUCAGACCCUCAUGCCAUCGAAGCUGAAAAGUUUCAGUGCAGUUUAUGCAACAAGACCUAUUCCACUUUCUCUGGGUUGGCCAAACACAAGCAGCUGCACUGUGAUGCCCAGUCUAGGAAAUCGUUCAGCUGCAAGUACUGUGACAAGGAGUAUGUCAGCCUGGGAGCACUUAAGAUGCACAUCAGGACCCACACGCUACCUUGUGUCUGCAAGAUCUGCGGCAAGGCUUUCUCCAGACCCUGGCUGCUUCAAGGGCACAUCAGAACCCACACUGGAGAGAAACCGUUUUCCUGUCCUCACUGCAACAGGGCUUUUGCAGACAGAUCCAAUCUGAGGGCUCAUUUGCAGACCCACUCGGAUGUGAAGAAAUACCAGUGCAAAAAUUGCUCCAAAACUUUCUCCAGAAUGUCUCUUCUGCACAAACAUGAGGAAUCUGGCUGCUGUGUAGCACACUGAGUCAUGCAGUCAAUGUUUACCUGGACUCAAUGCAUUUCUCCACUCUUGUUCCAAAUGAUAAGUGGAAAUCCAAAGGCAUUUUCUCUUCCACUUUCCAGCCAAAAAAAAAAAAAAAACCCCAAAAAAAAAACCAAAAAAAAAACACCCAAAAAAAACCAACAAACAAACAAAGUAGUGGAAGAAAUUAGAAUGUCAGUAGAAAGGAGCCUUAAGUAGUUCUGUUUAGUCACACAUUCACAUUCUUAAGUGUGAACGCUGAGGUAUGGGGAAAGAUGCCAUGCAUGACAUUUCAAGCAGAUUUAAAGGAAGAAGCAUUAUCCGCUUUCUUUAUAGAUGAAGCCAAAUCUAUGUAGUCUUUUCUUGCUUAGGGAAGGCUGCAAAGUUACUAAUACAUUCCUGCCAAGCCAUUUCAACCAAAGAAACAGUAUUUUAAUGGAACUUUUGAUAAAAAUACUACCCAAGUGAAUUUUACCAGACACCAUUAAUCUCAGGUGCCUUAAAAAGUAUUCCAAGUUUACCUUAGUAAAUGUUUAAUAUUAUUCAUUGCUGUGUUGUUUUUUUUAAAAAAGUUUUAUUUUAUUAAAGCCAAGGCCUUCACUAUUGAUCUAAAAUGCUUUAAAGAGGGAUAAUUUAGAGAGGAAAAUGUGUAAGAGAAUGUACGAAAAACUUAAAGUCACGAAUUAACCGCAUGUGCCUUAACAAAAAAAAAUAUAAAAAAGAAAAGAAAAAAAAGAAGACUGUAGCUUCAAACAUUCCUGGUGCAUGCCUGACCAUCUUCUAAUAUGGAAUCGUUCCUCUAAACUUUGCUAUUUUUUAAAAACGGGAAUAAGUGCAAGAGAGGGGACUCAUGGGAGUUUAACAAUUAUUUUUUUGUUAAAUGCACAAAGGAAAUGCAAUAUUUUCAGCAUUACCCCUCCAAGUGCCUUUUUUAUUGAUGAUUUUGUAAAGUAUGUGGACAUAAUGUAAAUAUUUUUAUUUUUAUAUGACUGAAUGUGUUAUGAAUGAAAGUGAAUUGUUGCCUAUAGCAGCAUCUAUAGAUAACUUGAAGAAAGCGUGAAGUGAAAUUUAUGGUUUUUUUCUAGCCACUUUUUUACAAUAAACAUUUUUAAAUAA